AUCCGUAAAGAAACAUAAGCAAUAUGAAAGAAGCGAGGUUAACAGCUUGUGAUCAACACUGCGCUAAUGGAAAUUUGGGCGAAUUGAUGCAUAUGCACCGACGACUAGUGCAAUGUAUGUACGCACUCUUCGGGCGUUCAGCACAGUCAGAGCUGUACGUAACGCGUUACUAUUUCUGGUAACUAAGUAACGACGAAAUUACUUUUAAAAAAAUGUAACUAGUAACGUACUUAGUUACAAAAAUUGGUAACGCGUUACUGCGAGUUACCCGUUCCUUUUUUUCUUUUCUCUCUCUCUCUUUUUUUCUUUUUGUCUCACUGCCAUCAACCACGGCUGCUAGCGGUCGGUUUCCCUGCACGCAUGACGGCAUUCCACGCCGUUGAUGCACGUGCCACCCCCUCUCACCCACCCGACCCGUGGAAAAACCUCCAGGGGAGACAAAAUACCAGAACACACCUUUAUCAUUCCCUUAGGUCCACAGUGUUUCAGAAUACUCAAUAUGUAAUUUUUGUUGUUCUUUGGAAGAGAUCACUGCGCUUAGAGCGCUUUAGCAGGUUGCCUUUGUGUCCUUUUCAUGGGCUUUCUCACUGGGACGCGUGUCGUUGACAAUGUGAAGGCAGUCUUGUGAACGAUUGCCGGUUUCGUCCUCAAAAUCCCGUUUACUGGUCACCCUUUCUUGUUAUUCCUUGGAAUCCUUCAUUCUUCAACUGUACCAGUAGGCAGCGAAGGGGUGGGGUAAAUGGAUGUUAGUUGUAUUGUUUGCAUGCUAUUCGUUUGUUUUUCUCCCUCGGUCGCAAGCCGAUUUAAAAAAAACGCUGGGCCUGGCUGCAGCGCCCACUGAUGCUUGUUAGUAGGAUGGCAGAGUCAACAACGUCACCUUGGCCUGCGUUAAGCGACACAUUCGAAGUCAAGGAGACUAAAGCCAACGGGAAUUUGUGUUUUUUCGUGUCUGCUAUGCCUUCCGAAGGUAAAAUGCAUCAGCAUUUGGAGUACGUCCUACUCAAAUUUGAAGAAGCUUGUGAAGGUAAGCAUCAUCAAACUUUUUCUCUUCAUUAUUAUUUUGUUUUAAUGAACAAUUACCGUGACUGCCUUUGUUCGUUUGCUGUGCAAGGACACAUAACCUUUUUGACUUCAUACGUGCUGUGCUUUGCAGGCAAUCCAUCCAACAAGAUCAGCAAUCUUUGAUGGGGUUGUGAACAAAAAACGGAAGGCUGAACCCUCUACAGGCACAGAGCCCGCGUUCAAGCAAAUGCAGAUCAAUGACCAGGGCCUAUGCCAUUCUGCAAUGUGCUGCACCAAAGAAGAAAGUGCUUACACGUAGAAUGCUGCCCACAAGAAUUGAGGACAGGUUCACGGAGCUGAAGCAGCGGAUGCAAGACACUUUUCGGACUGAGCAGUACGUGACAGUAACUGCUGACUGCUGGUCUCCACAUCACAGGCACUUCCUUGGUGUCAUGACGCUCGGGCUUGAAACGGAAAAUUUGCAACGAAAGAUCGCAACUUUAGCUUGCUGUCGCAUGGUUGGGAGCGUGGCUUACGACAAGCUCGCUGAGACCAUGAACAGCAUCCUCGAAGCAUAUGGGCUUCACAGAAAAGUGACCAAGGUUGUCACCGAUAACGGCUCGAACUUCGUCAAAGCAUUUCGGUGUUUUGGACUUGACACAGACGAUGCAUUUGCGCACUGUGAGGUACCGAACAGAGAGGAAAGAGAACUUCAUACUUUGCUGGACGAAGGCGACACAGGACUCAGUCUACCACACCACCAACGGUGCGCGGCGCACACUUUUAACCUGAUCGCAACGGCGGAUGCCUCGAGAGCCGAAAUGGAUCCGUACUACAGGAAAGUGUCCGAAGGUGUUUUCAAGAAAUGUUCGGCACUGUGGAGCAAACAAGACCAAUCUGCGCGCGCCGCGGACGUUGUAAAAGGUUUUUGCGUCCGGUACUUGCGAAGACCCGUAUCAAGGCGGUGGAACUCACUCUAUGAUUCACUGGACUGUAUCAUUCGUGUCAUUGACGAGGGCAAAGAUAUCAACGGACUCUGCCAAAGGCUCAACGUUCCCGUGCUGCAGCGGAGCACAGACACUAAAUUUAUUGAAGAGUAUUGUAAGGUAAUGCAGCCUCUGUGCACAGCGCUCGACAUCCUUCAGGGCGACAAAGACAUGUUCGUCGGCUACCUACUUCCAACCGUAUCCGUCGUAACUCAGCGACUACAGUACGAAGCAAUGAAAGGGCUGCGGUUCUAUGGGCCACUCAUCACUGCCCUUCUCGAUGGCAUUCAGAGGAGGUUUGGACACCUCAUGGAAGACAAGGAGCUCCUCCUUGCAAGGUUUCCUGGCUGACCGACACUACCCGCCGAGAGAUUGUAACUGAGAUGCUGAAAAAAGAGCUGUGCGACAUCAGCACGAGCCACAACGACCACAACGAGCUCCAGCACAGACGAUGUCUUCGCAUUCACACGUCAGAGUCGUAUGAUGAAAACUGCUGAAGACUCCGAGCUCACGAGGUUCUUGCGCAUCGAGGAGGACUACCCCCUGUCGAGGAUGAAAGAAAACUUCCCUUGCGUCCACGAACUCUUCCUCAGGGUGAAUACAGCGGUCCCUUCAAGCACGUCAGUGGAGCGGCUCUUCAGCUCGGCGCUGACAUAUUUACGAGGAAGCGAACUAGCUUAUCAGAUGCCAGUUUCGAGUAUCAAUUGCUAUUGAAAUACAAUUCAUGGAUGACGUGAGGAAAAUAAAGCCGGUCAUGCUUUAGUA